GGGCAUACGACCACGAUCCGCUACUAAAGUCCUGCCAGCCCUUGGUUUCCGCCCGCAUUCUCUGUAACCAGAACAACAGCAAAAGAAAACAGAAUCGUAAUAAUUGUAACAUUUUCGGCUGUUCUCAUUUGUCUUUCUACGUUUUUUUUCCCGCCGCAUCAAUAAGAACAUGGGUCAAACUCUUUCAGCACCAGCAACGACCAAGAAAUCAGAGACGGGGGCUAAUGGUCAGUAUAUGUUCGCAGUUUCAGAGAUGCAGGGAUGGAGAAUCACCAUGGAGGAUGCCCAUGCGACUCUACUCUCUGUAGACGAGAGUUCUGCGGAUUCUAAUACCUUCUUCGCCGUGUAUGACGGCCAUGGUGGUGGAUCUGUGGCCAGGUUUGCCGGCAAGCAUGUACAUAAACGGCUUGUCACAGAGGAAGCAUACCGUGAGAAGCGAUAUGAAGAAGCUCUAAAGAGGGCGUUCCUGGGGACAGACGAAGAUCUGCUUGCAGAUCCAGCACAUACACGAGAUCCUUCCGGAUGUACAGCAGUUGCUGCUCUCGUUUCUUCGGAUGGAAAGAUAUAUGUGGCCAAUGCAGGUGAUUCUAGGUCUGUAAUCAGUGUUAAAGGAGAGGUAAAGCCUCUCAGCUUUGACCAUAAACCGUCAAGCGAAACUGAGAAAGCCCGCAUUGUUGGGGCUGGUGGAUAUGUAGAAUAUGGUCGUGUCAACGGAAACCUCGCCUUGUCAAGAGCAUUGGGAGAUUUCGAAUUCAAGAAAAAUUACUCUUUAAUUCCGCAGAAACAGAUCAUUACUUCCGAUCCUGACGUCACAGUACAUUCAGUCACAGAAGAGGAUGAAUUUUUAGUUCUUGCGUGUGACGGUAUAUGGGACUGCUUGUCGUCUCAGCAAGUUGUUGACUACAUUCGCCUUAAAGUUUCCGAGGGCAAGGAACUUUCUGCGAUUGGCGAGAUGCUGUGUGAUCAUUGUCUUGCUCCGGACACAUCGUCAGGUGCAGGCAUUGGUUGUGACAACAUGACUGUCCUCAUUGUUGCGCUUCUCCAUGGUCGCACUAAAGAACAAUGGUACCAAUGGGUGACGGAUCGCGUCAAGGACGGCUACGGUUACGCUACGCCCGAUACCGUGCCUCAGAUUUAUGCUCAGAGCAGAUUGCUGGCAUUCAGGGCACGCCAGGAAGCUCGAGAACAAAGGGAACGUAUGCGGCAAGGGCGGGAUGAUUCCCCAAGCAGCAACAACAACUCCCUUAUUGGGCCUUCAAUUGUGCGCCUUUUUGAGAGCGGGGGAAUUUCGCUCCCUGUUGGUACCACCAUCAUUGGUCCCAACGAGAAAGUCAUGUUUGGCAGGGGUGACGACAGCGAAGAAGACGAGAGCGGGGACGAUAUGGAUACGGAAGUCGCGCGGUCGCUUUUUAGCAAUAAUUCCUCGUUCGGUAUCGAAAACGCACAGUCCGCAGACGCCACGCAAUCUUUACGUGAUCGGUUGGAUGCAUUCGAAAGAGACAUCCAAGAUGACGAAUUCGACGACGAAUUCACGGAGGGUGAUAUAGAAGGAAAGGCCAACCAUAUUGCCGAAAAUGUGGACUCGGGGAAGGCUAACCAUGAACCUAUCAACAGCUCCCCGCAAGUAAACCAGAACGGCUUGCAAGGAGAGACCCCUCCACCGCCGAAACCAUCAGUCAAUGGUGACAUUUUACCCUUGCAACAGCUGAAGUCCCAGCCUUUGGGCGAUGAAAUAAACCCUGUGGUGAAGGCAGACGGGUUUAUAGAUUCAAGCGAAGACCCCUUGUUGGUAUAGUAAUAGCGCUGUUGUGUGCGCGGAUUUUUUUUUUCACAAUGCGUCUUCUCAUUCAUUCAUAUUUCCUUUCUCUUUCUGACUGACUGACUUGUUGUUUGGGCUAUCUCGUGCUUCGUUUAUCUAUUUGGUUUUGUACCUUGUCAUCAUCAUGCCUUGUAGCAACUCUGGUUCACGAUUCCCCAUUUUCGAACCUCAGUAUUAUACAUCUUAUACUCGUUUACAGGCUUUUAAAACUGUACUACUGGUGCUACUGGGAUGCGUUUAUAAGAUCUCUUGUAUCACAACCAACUUGCUUUCGCAAAGGCAAAGAAUAACAUGCUUUCCUUGCGCUGUUUGCCAUGCACCGACUCCUAAGAGUGACCCUGCAGUGCCAUCGCUUAGUUUGAGGAUGCUUUGCUUAGCCCACAGCUGGUUGGGAGCGGCCCUUCGGUAUACAUAUACAUUGCCUCCACGACCUCCAGACCCACUCUCAAAAGCAAGCACAGCUUUGGAAGAGAUAUGGUAUGUGAAACGAGUGUCACGUUUGGAAGCUAACACGAAAGCUAGUGCAGAAAACGUCCCGUCAUGCGUCCAUUCAGGAGAACUGCUGAUGCCAGUUGAAGAAUUGAGAGAGAAUAGUAUCCCGUCAAGGCCUUGUUUCAAUACCAAGGAAGGUUGGGCGUGUGGACCUGGUAAAGCUAUAGAGAGUACGUUGAAGGGUGUACCAGACUGAGCAGUCAACCACGUUGGACUAUUUCCAUCCUCUGUGACCCAGGUUAAAGAAGCCCCCCUCCCAAUGGAAGUAUCUACUUCAUCAUCCAUUUCCCCUUCAGCAAGUGAAGGUACCCCGCGUCCCAGGCCCAGACCACUAGUAUCUUCACCAGUCUGAAGAGAUGAAGUAUAUUUUUCUAACGUCUCGCGGAUCGUAUAUAGCUCAGAAGGGUCCAGAGUCUCUGGUACUUCC